AUGAAUCUCUCUAGAGAAUUCUUUACACAAAUCGCACGUAUCGAAUCUAAGAAUUCCAUUUCAACAAUUGACACUCUAAUAGCAAUGUAUUCCAAAUGCGUUGAAUUUUAUGACUAACACCAAGAUCCCAUCAAAUACUAUUUUUUAGAAAAGAUCCAAUACACACUAUCCCAAGACCAUACAAUCGAACAUAUAACUAGAAAUUCUAAUCGAGCUUCAACAACAAGAGUUUCAAUAUCCAAAUUGGAUCCAGAAACCCUCAAUACUUCAAUUAGAUCUAAACAAACAAUCCACAAAAUUAAUUUCCAAUCUCAACUUAUUCAAGAGACACAAAAUCAACAACUCAACACUUUGCUAGAAUCACACCAUGCAAAUACUAUUCAAAAAGAUGCAAUAAUUAGAGAGAAUAUACAUCAAUAGAAUAUGUAGUUUAGAGAUCGAUUAAAGUAGAGACAAUCACAAAGUAUUACACGGUCCAUGAGUCAAUGUCCCUCUUACGAUGCAAUAAUUUAUUAAACAUGA